AUGAACAAAAAUAAGAACAAAAAAAUUACAAAGCUAGAAACGCCGCCAAAUAAAAGAAAUCAGAAUAAAUCUGCGCAGAAUAAGCAAUUACAUGGUAAAGGCCGCGCAAAAGAGUCUAUUGAUAGCAACAAUGAAAGUACACAUAAUAAUGCAAGUAGUAAUGAAGUAAGUGAAGAAAGCAGUGAUCCUGCAAGUGACAGUGCUGAAGCAAGCAAUGAUAGUAGUAAUGAAGAUAGUAAUAGUGAUCAUGUAAGUGACAGUGCUGAAGCAAGCAAUGAUGGUAGUAAUGAAGAUAGUAAUAGUGAGCAUGUAAGUGACUCAGUAAGUGAUAGUACUGAAAUAAGCAGUGAGCCAAUAAGUGAUAGUGGCUCUGUGAAUGAUGAAGUAGGUGAUAAUAUUGAAUCUGUGAGCAAUGAUGACAGUAACAAUGAUGAUAGCAAAGAUAGCGACCAUAGUGAAGAGCCCAAGAAGAAGUCAGAUAAAAACAAUAGCUCAAAAAGUACUAGCAAAGAUACAAUGCCUAGUAAGAAAAAAGCUUCAAACAAUAAACUAGAUGAUCAAGCAGAAAAAGACUCCAUAAGUGAUAAUAGUACAGAGAAGACUAAUAAGAAAAAAAGCAAAAAUGACUCUAAAAAUGAAAAACUAUCUACUAAGGAUAAAUCUAACAAGGCAUCUAAAAAUCCUGCAGAAAAGUCUAAAGAUGAAAAUAGUAAAACUAGUACUAAAAAAUCAGACAAGGGCAGCAGUAAAGAUAAGAACAAAAAAUCAGACAAUGAAAAAGACAAAGAAAGCAGUAAUAAAGACAAGAAUAAAAAAGACGGUAGAAAAGAUGGAAAAGCCAGUAAAGAUGCCAAAUCCUCUAAGGAUGCCCCAGAAGAUGAGGCGAAUAAAGCAAAAAUAGUAAAAAAUGAGAAAGAAUUCAAACUAAAUGAUAAAGAAGGAGGACAUCUGGUUAAUGAAAAAAUCAAGCAAAUCAAUGAGAAUCGUCUUAAGGGAAAAGAAAGUGUGGAGAAAAACAAGAAGUCUGUAUUUAUAUCGAUCCGAAAUAAUUCUGAGAAUGGCACCAUAAAAACAAUUUCAGAUGAUUUUCUUAGAAAAAAGGACAAGCAAUUUGGGACAACCCUUCUAGAGAAGUCAAAGAGCAAAUUCCAAAUUGACUUUAAGGAAUUAGAAAAAGAAAAAAAAGAAAAUGCUAUAAGGGAAAGCCUUAAAAGAGUCUCGAGGGCAGACCAGAUAAUUCAGAAGAUUUCUUUGUACUACUGUCGGAAUAAAAACUUUGUUGCAACAGCAGACCAGCUCAUUCGCACUCUAAAAAAACUAAGUCCCCAAACUAUUCAGAAAGUAUUUUUAGAUGUUCUACACAGAGCAGAAAGUCCAUAUAUCGCGCUCUUUAUACUGAGAAAGAUGAAAGAUGUUCCGCCUUUUUUGUCUGAUGAGUGUGUUGUUCAGCUGUCUUUAUUUGUUAGAUCGUUUCGAAUUAUGUACUUGGAUACUAUUCCAUACUCUCAGAUUAUCAAAGAUCUCUUUGAGAGGUGUAUUCUUUCAGAUGUGACAGUCGAGCACUCGUACGACCUGCUGUCUCAAAUUGAGCAGGAUAAAAGCAUUCGCAAUUUGUUUAUAGAACUGUUUGGAAGAGUGCACAUUGUAAAUUAUUAUAAGGAAUUGUGUGCCGGGCUGUUUGUUCGAAAUAUACACCGCAGUGUUCUAUACUCUGUUAUGUUUACGAUAAAUGACAUGCAUCUAACAGCAGAAGGGCUUUCUCCAGCAUUCAAUAUGAUAGGCAAGUAUAUAGAAAAAGAAACAAUUGAAAAAAAUUCAGUUGUGUUUGCACGCGCUUUUUGGGCAUUUCUUAAGGUGCAUAUGAGUGGUUUCAAUGAGAGAUUUAAUGAUGCAAUUAAAUACAUAAGAUACUUCUCUGAUUCAUUUACAAGCACCUCCUGCGAGAUAUUUUCUAUUGCAGAUGCACUAGAGAUUGUGGAUACAAUUGAAAUUUUGGCAAAUUCAAUUAUAAAUCGAACGAUAGUCAGUGGGGAAGCCGGAACAAACAAAAAGCCGUCCGAUAUCAAGAAUUAUGUUCAAAAGAAGGAGCUUAAAAGCAAGGAUAAGGUAAAAAUCGUUCCAGAAAUGGAGAAUGUUAAGUACUCUGAUGAAGAAUCUGACUCAGAUGAAAGCUCUAAAACAAAUGAUGACUCUGAAAAGGGCGAGGACUCUCUUGCAGACCAAGGCCACAGGCUUGAUAACGUAAAGAUAACCCAAGAGAGCCUUUUAGUAUUUAUUACAAUGCUUAACACCGAGUACAAAUCUACAUACAAGAAGGUGAAGGAGGCAAUUCAGUGGAAAAAAAGGAUAACAUAUGAUACUCUUUUAUAUGCAUUGGCGCAUAUAAAAUUACUUCAUCUGCUGCUGUAUCUAUCAAGGCUGUCUGGAUCCGUUGAGCUGCCAAUCAAGGAACACUAUAAUCUGUUUUCAAGUAUUAACAUCCCAGCAACCUUUGAUGGAAAGCAGUACGACGGCACACAAGAACUAGCUGAUCGAAUAUUCUCUGAAAAGUGGAACUCUCUUGGAUUUCUUCUGAAAGAAUCACUAAUCUCCCCGAAUGAAUUGAAUUUUUCGCAGGAUAUUCUACGGCAUAAGUCACCGCACCAGCUAUUUGAAAAAGUAUCUGCAAGCGUGCACCUGUUGUCAUUCCCACCAAUUACAGUAUUUCUUGAAAGCGACCACAUCUAUGAUGCAAUAUUCCUCCAAACCCUUCCUAUGUAUGUUAGGCACAAAGAGUUUCUGAUCACUCUUCGAAAAACUGUUCGCACGUUUAUAAGUAGAGCCGAGAAAGAAGCAUUGGCGCUUCUUAUUCGUCGGCUUAUAGAGCUUGAUGGAAUAUACACAGAAAAAGAGGUCAGAAGCGGCAGAAAAAAACCAUACGACCCCAACCAUUACACUGCUGUCAAAAAUGCAGUGCGAAACACCAUUGCGUCGCUUUUUAUAACAGAAAUAGACCUUUCAUCAUUUAAUGGUGUCAAUCUUACUGCAGACAGCAGAAAAGACUAUGCUUAUGAUGCAAUCGAUGUAGUUCUGCACGAGACCAAAGAGCACAAUCCAGUCACAAAUCAAGAAGAGUACAAGAUCGCAGAGGAAAUAAUAUUUAAGCGAACAGGCACAGACAUGCACAAAGAGCUAAAUAGUGCAAAAACAUACCAUAAAUCUUCUAAAGAGGGAAAGAAUGUAGAUGAAAAAAGAAGAAGAAUAGUAUUUGACUUUAUUGUCUCGAUUAAUGACCUGGCGCUCACUGAGAAGUUUAUUAAAGCUCUUAUAAAGCUACCAACAGUCACUAAGCUGGAUGACAAAAUGAAACUAUUUAUAAUUAAAGUUCUAGCAUAUACAUUGCAGAAAAUCACUAUAAGUGAUCCUGUGGUAGGUUUAAUAAAAGACUUUGCUAAAAAAGAGCUAAAAAAUAGCUCCUCAGAGCUAAUGGCAGAUGCGGCAAAGUAUCUCUAUAUAAAAACAAGUGCUUCUAUUGAAGACAAACACACAAGCAGCAACCAAAAUUAUGAAAAUCUGUCCUUGUCUCUGCUUAUGCUUAUAACCCGAAAGCAAGGAAACCUUAACACGCUAAAAAACUGUUUUUUCAAAAUCUGCGCUGAUUUAAAAGACUAUGAAAGAAAUGAGCUUUUACUUCUAUUUAAAGAAGCUGGGGUAACCAUAUCAAAUAGUUUAGAAGGCACUUCCGAGGGGUUAAGCCGAUACAAUGAAUCUAAGAAGCUAAUGGCUGGAUUUCCUUCUAUUGAAUAAUAACUAGGAUUUAAUAGAAAAUUGACGAGA